AUGGCAUUUACUUUUGGUACACCUACUUCAACUGUCGAUUCGGAUGAUUAUGUUUCAUCGAUAACAGCUAUGUCUGAUCGAUCUGAUGAACAACAGCAACAACAUCUGACAAUAUCUGAUCAUGCAUCACGUACUGUUUCAAAAAUUGCAUCCUAUUUUCGACAAGGUUUUCUAUGUGAUGUGGUUUUUGUUUGUGGUCAUGGACAAUUAAAACAACGAAUUGCAGCUCAUCGUCUUGUUAUUGCAACAUUAUCUGAUUAUUUUCGUGCUAUGUUUGAAAGUAAUAUGCUUGAAACAAAACAACGUGAAAUUGUUAUCAAUGAUGUUGAUCCUGAUGCACUAGAAAAACUUAUAUCAUAUGCAUAUGAAGGUCGUAUUGAAAUUCAUCAAGAUAAUGUUACAAAUGUUCUUUGUGCUGCACAUAUGUUUAAUAUUACUGAAAUAAUUCAAAGCUGUUGUAAAUAUAUUGAAAAACAACUUCAUCCAUCGAAUUGUCUUGGUAUACAUAAAUUUGCUUUACAACAUGAUCUACAUGGAUUAACAAAAACUGCUUGGAAUUAUAUUCUUGAACAUUUCACAAAUGUAAUUCAAAAUAAUCAUGAAUUUUUUGAAUUAUCUUUUGAUGAAAUUAAACAAAUUUUGACGUCUGAUGAUAUCAAUGUACAAUCAGAAGAAACUGUUUUUGAAGCAUUCCUUUCUUGGAUUGAUUAUGAUAAAAAACGACAAACUGAUCGUUUAGCACAAUUAUUUGGUUUAAUAAAAUUACCUUUAAUUGAUAAAAAAUAUUUAACUGAUUAUAUUGAUACAAAUCAAAUUUUUAAAGAUGAUCCUUUAUGUCAGAUGCUUAUUGUUGAGACAAUGCGUUAUCAUUUAGCGCCUGAAAAACGUUCCUCAAUGCGAUCAGUAAGGACUAAACCAAGAAAAGCAACACUGGGCUCUCUAUAUUGUCUAGGUGGAAUGGAUAGUGCUAAAGGUCCACAGACUAUUGAGCGAUACGAUUUUCGAACUCGUUCUUGGCAACCCGAUGGUCAUUUGAAUACUCGCCGUUGGCAAUUUGCUUGUGCCAUCUUGGAUAAGAAAUUGUAUGUUUGUGGAGGACGAGAUGGUCUCAAAACAUUAAAUAGUAUAGAAAUAUUUGAUUUCCACAAGAAAACAUGGAAUGUUGGACCACCCAUGCUUACAAAUCGUCAUGGUUUAGGUGUUGGUUGUAUUGGUGGACCAUUAUAUGCUAUUGGUGGUCAUGAUGGAUGGAGUUUUCUUAAUACAGUUGAACGUUUUGAUCCAGAAACUUGUGUAUGGUCAUAUGUUGCAUCCAUGGCUAACGUACGAUGUUCACUUGGUGUUACUGUCCUUGAAAAUCGAAUUUAUGCUGUUGGAGGUCGAGAUGGUGCUGCAGGGCUUCGUGAAGCAGAAUCUUAUGAUCCACAUACCAAUCGUUGGUCACCAUGUGCACCAAUGCAUAAACGACGUGGGGGUGUAGCUGUAACUGCUUGUAAUGGAUUUCUAUUUGCGAUAGGUGGUCAUGAGUCAUCAGCAACAAAUAAAUGCACUGUUCGUCAUGAUGAUGGUGAACGUUAUGAUCCCAGAUGUGAUCAAUGGACAUUAAUUACUUCAUUAAAUCGGCCUAAAGAAGCUUUAGCUAUUGCUGCAGUUAGUGAUAAAUUAUAUAUUGUUGGUGGUUUUGAUGGUAAAGUACUUGAUGAAGUUGAAAAAUAUGAUCCAGAAAUAGAUAAAUGGACGAAAUGUCCAUCUUUGGGAACGAAAAGAGCCGGUGCUUGUCUUAUUCAUGUUUCUAAUUCUAUUCAUCAAUUAUCAUUACCAACAUCACUGUCACCAUCCUCUUUUUCAUCAUUGUCUUUGCUUACUACAAGUUCUUAUACUUUAUCAUCACCAACAUUUUCAAAACGAAACAAAGAUGUAUCAGCUAGUUGUCAUCAGUUAAGUCGUCUUGUUCUUUCAUAG